AUGUCUAGCAUACCUGUCCGCGGCUGGACUGAGAAGUCACACGAAGCUCUCCUUCUCGCCGUCCUGGCGGAGGUCAGGCCCAACAAGGCUGUUCUCACCCAAGUUUCGAGCCGCAUGCAGGAGUGGGGAUACAGUUAUUCCUACGAUGCAAUCAAGUAUUGUCGUCCACUCUCCCCGUGUCCCCUUUUUCUCUUCAUCAUUCCGCUCGGUUCGCUUCAAGCCGCUGACGUUCCGCCUUAUCGUAGCCAGCACAUCCAGAAACUUCGUCGUGGCCGCAACAUGUCGGCUGGUGGCGGCAGUGUCACUCCCGUGAAGAAAAGAGCUGUCAAGGAAAGCACAAGCCUCAAACGCAAGACGCCAUCGAAAGGAUAUCCGAAAGAGGAAUGCGGCGGAAACGUCGAUGACGAGACGAACUUUACAGAGUUUCUGAAGAAGGAAGACUCGCCCGAUGAGUCCGAGAUCAUGCCGCCCAGGAAGAGGAUCAAGAAAGAGCGCGACGCCAGUCCCGUCCUGGAUGAAGACGAGGAAUAUGGCACCAAUUCCGGCGAGGUGUAG